AUGGCUGACGAGCCUGUCACGAAGCGCUUACACAUAUCUGGUCUCACGCCGGCUAUAACUGCAGCUGAUCUUACACGACGGCUAGGCUCAUACGGAGCAGUUACAGCACUCGAUGGUCUAGGAAAACGCGAUGCACUGGGAAAGGAGAGACCAUACGCAUAUGCUACGUUGGAAACGACAAAAGGAAAACUUGCAAAGUGCAUGAACGUCCUGAGCGGCUCGGUGUGGAAAGGAGCGAAGCUACGGGUGGGCGAAGCGAAACCAGACUUCCGCGAACGUAUCACAGCAGAAAACUCAGCCGCAGAUACAAAUCCUCGUCCAACAAAGCGGCGUCGUACGGUCGGCGUACACGCGCCCGACAUGUCGCCUAUGACCAUAGAACGAGCACGCACACAGCCAGGUUGGACUGUAACAACGCUAGGACGACUCAUUCGCCCCGUACGAAUGCGACCUGAGCAUCCUCUGGACCCGCCGCUCGACGUCGCAAAUCAAGUCGCGAAAGGAAAAGAUGGAAAGGAGGGAAAGCGAAGAAGGAAAAAGGUCGAGAUUUCAACGCGUGCGCGAAGGAGGUUGAUUGACCCGCUGAGAUGGGGUAGCACGCAUAUCAAGGGCGUAUUUCUGGAAGGACAGGUUGUAGGGUUUCAGCAGAAGGUAACCUCUGUGGAGGAGGACAAGGGGCAAGAGAGCGAAAGCGACGCUAGCGGGGAAAGCGACGAGGGUGAUGCGGGAGAACCUUCUCCGCCACCGGCUCGUAUUGUUCUUCCGACAUCGACAUCACCUAGUCCAUCUCCUGAACCAGCACCACAAGCCGUUGCAUCUGCACCCACCGCUUUGGCCGCCUCUACGCCCGCAUCGGCACCAGCGACAUCUGCUUCAGAUCUACAGACGGAGAAGAGACAAACAUUGUCUCUACUCGCAUCUCUGUUCUCUGGUGAUGAUUGGGGCGGCGCGGAGGACCUCUCAGAUGUUGAUAUGGAUGCGCCAAACGUCGCUCCGCGUCCCAUCGGUCGCGAUGAAGCUGUCGAUGACGACUUCGAGGUCGUACCCCGAGCGAUGGAGCCGAUGGAAGCAGUGUCUAUGGACGAUGCUGAACACUUGAGUCCUAUUGAGGAGGUUGAUGGAGCCGAGGGAUCAAGCGUUGAAGAUGAGGAAGACAUGGACCACGCCAACAACCCCACAGCAUCCAGCACACGCCCAUCUCCUGUAACAUCCGCGGCGGCAACUCAACGCAACAAGCUCGCGGAACUUUUCGCUCCCCAGGAGGAACAAGCUGGGUUCUCACUCUUUGGCAACCUCGACGAUGACCUCGAUCUUGAUCUGGACUUGGAUCUCGGCCUCGCGCCGCCGGCAAUUGCAGUAGUGCCGGCGGCCUUCGCUCCUGUCCCAAUACCUACUCAAGCACCUGUCCUUCAACCUAUACCAGAUGCCGACUUGAAGACACCGCUCUUCUUCCCUACCACCACGCCUGCACGCGGUGGCAGGACAAUCAUGUCAGCGCUUGCCGAGAUUGCCGAUCCGCGGUCGUUCAUGGGAACUCUGGACGAGGAGGGGCGUAGGGCGCGGUGGGAGGCGCAAAAGCGUGAAUUGACUACAACGUGGAAAAAGCGGGCAAGAGAGGCGGGUAAAGGCCGCAGGAGACGCGGCGGUGCGGACGUGUAA